UUUUUAUUAAGUUCCAGACUCUCCCCUUUCUUCUGUUCAACCACCGUCCUACCGAACUCCCACCACCGCAGCUUCCGUUAUUCUCUUCUCACUCCGCCGCUUCCUGAACAACUUCUCUCUAUAACUUCACCUGUAAUGGAACAAAUUGAAGCAAAAGAACAAGAUUUAGCUAAUUUCAAAAUUGGGUCUUUGCCAAAUUUAUUUUAUAUUCCUGACUUCAUCACUGAUGCUGAUCAAACCCUUCUUCUCAACAAUAUUUAUGGAGCUCCUUCAACAAAGUGGAAGUUGUUGAAGAAUAGAAGGCUUCAGAAUUGGGGCGGCAUUGUCCAUGAGAAGGGCCUUCUACCUCAAGCUUUGCCUCCAUGGUUAACAAAUCUCACACAUAAAAUAUCUGAAGAAUCGGGACUUUUCCCAUCACCAAUCAACCAUGUUCUCAUAAAUGAAUACCAACCUAACCAAGGCAUAAUGCCACACCAAGACGGACCUUCCUAUUUUCCAGUUGUAGCUAUUCUAUCACUUGGAUCUCCUGUUGUCAUGGACUUCACUCCCCAUGCCAGCUUAAAACUUGAUUCACAAGUUAUUGACAAAGAAUCGGAUGGAGAAACUAUUGAGACCGUGAAAGAUAAGUGGCUUGACGAUCACCGUCCAUUCUCUGUUAUAUUGAUGCCUCGCAGUUUAUUAAUAUUCAAGGAUAAGGCAUACACAGAUUACUUGCAUGGUAUAAAAGAUUGUGAGGUACAUGGCUAUGAUGGGGCUGUAAAUGAAGCUGAAGCUUUGAAACAAAAUGCAUCAUACAGACACCUUUCUGGCUCAGAGGAUAAGGAGGAAACAAUAGGAAAAGAAGAGUGUAAGAAUAUAUCAAGAACUUCAAAUAGAGUUUCAUUGACUUGCCGAUUGGUUCCAAAAGUUCACAAAAAUUUGUUUAGGUUUUGAAAUUGUAUAUAUUAAUAUUUCAUAUUCAUUCAAUAGAUAGUUCAACUGACAGAACAAAAUUUGUUCGAAUAAAAUACGAUUAAGUUGAUUUUUCA